AUGUCCGCCGCCGAAGCUCCCGUCGCACUCGUCGUGGGGGCCUCCCGCGGAAUCGGCCGACAGAUUGCUAUCGACCUGGCCAAGCACGGCUAUCGAGUCGCCGUCGCUGCAAAAAGCACGUCCGACGCGUCCGCGACGGUCCCAUUUCCUCCGGACCCGAAUUCGUCGCAAUCCACGAUAAACACCGUCGAGCGCGAGAUUCGAGAAAACGGCGGAGAUGCCCUGGCCAUCCAAGUGGAUACCCGGAGCUAUGAGAGCAUCCAAUCGAUGCUUGCGACCGUGGCGGAGACGUAUGGACGCGUCGACGUGAUUGUGUAUAAUUCUGGCGCCAUCUGGUGGGCUUCCGUCGAGAAGACGCCGAUGAAGAGGUUCCAGCUGAUGCAAAAGGUUAACGUCGAGGGUUUGUAUGCGACCGUGCAGGCUUCGCUACCGUAUUUCGAGAAGAACGACUGGAAGGGGAGGAUUAUUGUCGUGAGCCCGCCGAUAUACUCGAGGUUCUUUAGGGGGAAGACGGCGUAUGCUAUGGGUAAGGUCGGUAUGUCGGUCCUAACGAAGGGAUUGGCUAUGGAUUGGAAGCGAGAGGGGAAGAAUGAGAUGGCGAUCACGAGCAUCUGGCCGGCCGUGGCUAUUCAGUCAGCAGCGACGCCUGAUCCGGAGAUUCAGAACGACUUGAGGAAACCGACCAUCUUCUCUGACGCCAUCCUCGAGAUGCUGCGGACCCCAGCCAUCGAAAUAAGCGGUCGUCUUGAGCUCGACGAGGACUUCCUCAGGUCGAGGGGCGUAAGGGAUUUUGCAAAGUACAGCCUAAUCCCCGGGACUAAUCCGCGGAGGAUCAUGCCGGCACAGUUACCCGACUUGACGGUGCCCGAGGAGGACGAUGAGGGUGUGCGGAUGGAUAGCACGAAGCGCGGAAAGGCCAAGAUUUAA